AUGGAGCGUUUCGAAGGGACCGUCGUUGGUGCUCAAAUUCGUCGUUCACCGAAACGGAUCGUCGAUCUGUGGAAUUUGUCCAAAUCGGAAGUGUCCACACGUUUCGCGGAAACAGUAGUGGAACACUUCAGAAAUAAUGAAGAGCCUGUCGACUUGCUUUACGAUCAAGAUGUAGAUUAUAGGAUUCUCCACCGUGUUUUCCGCAAGCACUUCACCGAAAUUUUGAAAUUUCUGCAAGAGUUCGUCGAAACCGUAGACUUGGACCCUGAGCUUCGCCAAGCCGCCAGCGUUUACAUUAACUACAUCGAACAAGACGAAAUGAUGAUUCGCUUCGGCCCGGAUCCUCUAAGCCUCACCCCCCUCCAGAUGAUUCUACAAGCUGUCGAUUGAUUUCGAUACCUGACUCUCAUAACAAGAAAGGUGAUGUUCCGAUUCCGCACAAUCGAAUGCCUCCGAGAACUACAGGAUAAACAUACAUCUCCUCAUAGUGCUCAUUCUCCAAAUGUGGAUCGCCCGAGUCGCAGCGCGCUCCAUCAUCUAUCAUGGACCCUUCGAUUUCUCCUGCGCAGAAAAUCGGGGAAAAGCAUGAACAGAUGAUAUCGACAUUCCGUCCAAGAUUUUCGCGUGAUGAACUUAUAUGCGGGUCCUUAUAGAAUCCUCCAUCACUGUUCACCUUGUUCUCAGAAAUCACCAAGUUUUCUCGUACGGUA